AUGGCAGCACCGUUUCCAGCCUUGACAGGAUUCUACAAACUCCUAUUUCUUUAUAUUGAACCAGCUCUAACGAUUAUUCCUGCGUUCAUCAUUGGCUUUUAUCCCGGCGCCGUAUGGUUUCACAACGAGCUCGCCCUGGGCUCUAAGCCUAUUUUGAACCUAGAACCUGGUGCACGCAUGGCAUUCUGGCAACUGGCAAGCUGCUAUGGUCUAAUAGGAAUGAUUUCGUCCCUCGUCCUUCGUACUGCACGAGAUGCGAUUAAACACGACCCGGUAUUUAUGUCCCUUGUCAAGUGCGUUUCAGGCUCAGAGCUCGAACAGGCUGCGCAAGAACGAGUCGUUGGAUCUCUUCUCGUAGCCCUCGCGAUUGCAGACCUCAUCCACAUUGCCGUUACGGUACUCGCAACGCCCAUUGAAAUACUCACAAAUCCAUCUGUCUGGAACGGGGCCUUUAUUGGGAAUGUUCCAUUCACUCUCUUCCUUUUUGCCUCUCGGUUUGCCUGGUUUCAAGGUCUCGGUCGCAAGGCGUACUAUUAUUCAGUCAAGGUGAAGACACAGUAA